CUGGAGUGGAUCAACUCUCUUCGCAUAGUUUGGUAGGGGAGUUUUUAGUGUACGCCAGGGCGCAUAGGUGUAGGCUAAUGUAACUUGGAUUAGGUGAUAUUAAAUACAGUUUAGGUUUAUGUACUUGUUCGGCACACGGCUGGUCACUGGGUGGACGUUGAACUUGUCUGUUUUCAGAGAGAAGUUAAAGGUUUUUUUGUUCGCGCUGUCUGUGCUACGGACCCGUGAUCUACUGUCCGCGAUUCAUACCGAAAUAAACGGGAGCAGUGCGCAAGCAAGCACAGAAAGACGGACAGUCCAUACUUGAACCCGAAUGCGGCUUGGUCAAGCCUAACUUAAUUUAGUUCUCUGACAGGCACUCUGUGUUCCCGUGGCCCCGCAGAAAAAGAAGAAAAUUGAGACAGAUUUACACCUCUAAAUAUAGUCAGUCUCAGUCAGUAGGUGAGGGUUUGCAGGCAGAGGGGGAGACCGACAGAGUGGGUUUGGUGCCAUGCUCACCGGCUGCUUUUGAUCACCUCUCCCCGAGAAUAUAACCACCACCUGGGAUCUCUGAGCUGUUUUGUUGGCUGGAGCUACACCGCUGCGAUGAAGAACACCUUUCUCAGCCUCCCCUUCUUCUUCAUCCUGCUCUUAUCUCAACUGUGCAGCGGAAUCAAAUGGCUGGCCAUCUCCCAGACGGCGCCCACUCUCCACAUCAACAAGACGCAGCACUGUAAGCUGCUGCCGGGCCUGGUGUCCUCGCAGGCCCAGCUGUGUCGCAGCAACCUGGAGCUCAUGCACACCAUCAUCCACGCGGCGCGCGAGGUCAAGAAGACCUGUCAGAAGACCUUCCACGACAUGCGCUGGAACUGCUCCUCCAUUGAUUCGCCCAAGUACCUGCCCGACCUGGAGAGAGGUACCCGUGAGGCCGCGUUCGUCUACGCCCUGUCGGCCGCCGCCAUCAGCCACACGAUCGCACGGGCGUGCACCUCGGGCGACCUGCGGCUGUGCUCGUGCGGGCCCAUCCCGGGCGAGAUCCCCGAGCCGGGCUACCGCUGGGGCGGCUGCGCCGACAACCUGCACUACGGCCUGCUGGUGGGCUCCAAGUUCUCAGACGCCCCCAUGAAGAUGAAGAAGAAGGCCGGCUCGCACGCCAACAAGCUCAUGCACCUGCACAACAGCGAAGUGGGGAGACAGGCUCUGCGUGAUGCUCUGGUGAUGAAGUGUAAGUGUCACGGUGUGUCGGGCUCCUGUUCUAUCCGUACGUGUUGGAGGGGGCUGCAGGACCUUAAAGAGGUGGCCCUGGACCUCAAGAGCAAAUACCUCUCAGCCACCAAGGUGGUCCACAGGCCCAUGGGGACCCGUAAGCAGCUGGUGCCUAAGGACAUUGACAUCCGGCCGGUACGCGAGAACGAGCUGGUCUACCUGCAGAGCUCACCGGACUUCUGUGGCAAGAACGACAAGCUGGGAUCCUUUGGCACAACGGACCGCCAGUGCAACAAGACGUCGGCCGGCAGCGACAGCUGUGACCUGAUGUGCUGUGGGCGUGGCUACAACCCCUACACUGAGCAGCUGGUGGAGCGUUGCCACUGCAAGUACCACUGGUGUUGCUACGUCACCUGCAAGAAGUGCGAGCGGACCGUCGAGAGAUACGUCUGCAAGUGAUGCUGCUCAAGACGCGGUGUUCGUCCAGUGGCAUUUCCUCUCUCCUCAUAUCUCCUCCCCUCUUCUCUCCUUCUGCUGGCUGUGUCUGCACCUCCUUGUCCACCUCCUCCUCCCUCUGAGACUACAUAUUCAACCUGGUGAUCUGCGUCAUUUCAAUGCUACGUCACCUGCAAGACGUGCGAGCGGACGGUCGAGAGAUACGUCUGCAAGUGAUCCACCAGUGACCAUAUCUCCUCCCCUCUCCCUCUGCUGGCUGUGUCUACACCUUCUUUCUUUGUCUGUCCAUCCUGGGACUAUUGCAAGCAAGUACCACUGGUGCUGCUACGUCACCUGCAAGAAGUGCGAGCGGACGGUGGAGAGAUACGUCUGCAAGUGAUCCACAAGUGACCAUGUUCAUCAUCUGCAAGUGAUGCUGCUUCUCCAGUGGCAUUUCCUCUCCUCAUAUCUCCUCCCCUCUCCUUCUGCUGGCUGUGUCUGCACCUCCUUUCCCCACCUCCUCCUCCU